AUGGCUUCGACGCCAAAGAAAAGGAAACACGUUACCCUGACUAUUUCUCAAAAAUGCGAGAUCUUGGAUCAAAUCAAGGAAGGUGAUAUUUUGAUGGAGAAGGCGAAAUACUUUCAUGAAAGGCUUGGGCGAAGAGAGUUUUCUGCCAGUAAAGGGUGGUUAGAAAAAUUAAAAAAAAGACACGGAAUACGACAACUCAAAAUAACCGGCGAGAAGUUGUCUAACAACGAAGACGCCGUAAAACCAUUCCAGGAUAAAUUCAUGGACAUAAUCAAGGAGAAAGAUUUGUCCGCAGAGCAAAACUAUAAUGCAGAUGAGUCUGCUCUCAUCCAGCCAAUGGACCAAAACGUUAUUCAAAACAUAAAGGUGAAUUACAAGAAAAAACUUUUGCUUCAAGUUUUUGCACAACAGGAAUUGGAAUCUGAACGUACUGUAUCCGAUAUCCUUAAGACCAAUAUGAAAGAAGCUGUUUUCUCAUUGGCUGAAAUUUGGAAUCAGUUGAAUGCGAACCUAAUAAACAAAUCUUGGUUACCCUUGUGGCCUCAAUUAAACGUCGAAAAACAUACAGACGAUAACUUUGAACCCGAAGAUGAGGUUCCCUUAGCUUUUUUCGUUAAUAGAGGCUUUUCUGAGGCUGCAAUUAAUAACUUCUUACUAGGCAAUGAUGACCUAAAUGAAACUGAACCUUUUACUAAUGAUGAAAUAUUAAGGCAAGUACCGCAGGAAUGUGACGGCGAAAGUGAAGAAAUAUCGCAUGUUGAACCAGUAGCAAACUUUUCCAAUUCAAGCGCGGUGUCUGCCUUAAAUACAUGUCUUGAAUGGGCUGACCAAGUGGACAUUCCUUUGCCAGAAAAAAUGCUUUUACGUAAAUUGCGCGAUAAAGCUUUUUAUUUGUCAUUAAAUACCUGCCGACAAACUAAAAUAUUGGAUUUCUUUAAAAAAGUUUAA